AUGCGCAGUCUAGCACGAUGGGGAUCACCAGCGCAUCGCUUCGCUCGUCGCAUAUAUUCGACCGUGACGCUAGCGCGUCCAAGUCCCGACGAGGCAGAAACAUCGGACCUUAGACAUGCUGGCUCAACGCGUAACAGACCAGCCGUCGCCAGGCGUGUCAGGUCGAGCAUCAAGACAUCAGAGACCCGGAAGCCUCACGGGCACGAGGCGACCCCUGGAGUAUCUUGGCACCGCAAGGCAUCCGUGGCAAAGGCGGCGCAUCGGCCAGACCACCUGGGUAGGAGACAUGAGGGGACGAAGCUCAAAAACCCCACUGGUAAGCCCGAUCCCAACCCAAAGGGCUCUGAAUCUGAGGUGGGGGAGCUUCUGUCUUCAGACUCUUGCGACAAGCUGCGCGACUUGGCACGCGAUCAUCGCAUGUCAGGGGAACUUCGGGAAUCAAAGCAAGACUCCAGGCGCGUAGAUGAAACCCCGACCAUAUUUAAGCCGCGAUCUUCGUCACUCCUUAAGGUGUUACCUGAUUCACAGGCAGACACUCUUGGUGAUGGCGACGCUGGUGUGUACUAUCCCGGGAGGCAAAAAAGACGGGUCCGACGAUUGAAAGCGGUUCGAGAGCUUGUGUCCCAGGCCAAAGACCAGCUUGAACGCCUCGCUGAGGCACGGCAUGAGUUACUAAAUAUGGUCGACGAGUUUGAGAAGGAGGCAGGCGACCUGUCCGAGGAGAUUGACAAUUAUCGGAACCGGACGGAGGGGAAGGUUGGGGAAAGUCUUUGGAAGGCUACCUUAGAGGAAAUCCAGCCAAGUACAACGCCUGUUUCAAGCACUGGCGGUGCCGACGUCCUCGCAUCAUACAAUUGGGUGGAUUGGUCCCCCGCGGUUUGGCAAGGCUCCCAUAUGGCAGCCAGAAUGCCACCAAAUGCUCUGCACCGCGUUCAAGACGUCGACUCUGUUCAUACUCCAAAGCACCCCUGGAACGCCACCUUCGAAGCUGUUGGUGCUAUGCGACCGGGGUUUGAGUUUGACAAUGUCCAUGUGAUCGCUGACAAGGCGGCCCUUACUAGAUUAUUCAACUUCUGCGCUGGGGCCAGCUAUGUUUUCCGUGUGGAGCUAUCCUGGGCAUACAACACCUUACUCAUGGUAGGAAAACCUCGAUCCAGCGUCACGAUGCCUGAUCCUGCCGUGAAAGACCCACGGAUACACUACGGCAAGUACUUUGAAGACCUUUGGACCCGUUUCCCUCCAGACUUGGACGAUAGUUUGAGUCAUUAUCGUAUCUUGAACUAUAGGAUUGGCGAUUUGAAUUGCGUUGUCCGCGUGGAGACAGACGCCCUGUAUGCCCCUGAGCUGAUGGAUUCUGAGCACUGGAGCAAGCCUGCACGUCCCCGGGAGGCACCGGUUUACAAAGGUGGUGAUUGGACCAAAUGGAAGGGUAAGGGCGAAGUGGAUGUGAUCGACAGAGGUAGUCUGGUUCCUCAGAGGAUGAUUGCGGAACUCAAGACACACAACUGCGUUAAACCAGUCUCAUGGCACUUGCCCGGAUUGUGGAUAGGGAGAGCACCCUAUUUGAUUCAAGGAGCCCAUGCAGACGGCGUCUUGUCCAAGAUCUCAGUCAAGAAUGUUGCAAGACAUCUCGAGGCCUUUGAGGCAAAGGAUUCUAUACAAGCCACACUUCGCAAGCUUCAAAGGGUCCUUCAAAAGAUACGGGAGGUUUGUCAACAUGACAAAUCAAGUCACUAUGCCCUCGUCUGCUCCAAGUCUGACAGCAAUGAACCACUAGUCCUGGAUUUAUUCGUCAAUCAUGGCCAAAAGCUAUAUCCGAUGCAUUAUAGAUACCUGCUUCGGCAUUGGGUGGCUGGAAAGGGGUAA